AUGUUAAGUUCUUGGCUUGCUGCGCUAUUUGGCGUGGGCUAUGCCUCGCAGACCGUGCUGCGACCGGAGGUGCCCUUGACGUCGGACUUCACUACAUUUCGGAGCUCAAAUUCACCUGCCCACUCGGUGCGUAUCCGACAACAAGAUCAAUCAAUUUGUGCGACAGACUCUGCGCAGUACACAGGAUGGCUAGACAUCGGGCCGAAGCAUUUGUUUUUCUGGUACUUUGAAAGCCAGAACGAUCCCGUCGGCGAUCCGCUCACGCUGUGGAUGACCGGUGGGCCAGGGGAUUCCAGCAUGCUUGGCUUAUUCCAGGAGAUCGGCCCAUGUCUGAUCGAUGAACACGGCAAUGGAACUGUUCAAAAUCCCUGGGCCUGGUCACGAAACUCAUCUUUACUAUUUGUUGAUCAACCAGUUGAUGUCGGCUUUUCCUACAUUGACGAGAGCCACGAGGUCCCGCACGACUCGCAGGAAGCUGCCGCUGACAUGCACCGCUUCCUUCAAAUCUUUGUCUCUGAGAUCUUCCCUCACAAGCGUUCCUCGCCCGUUCAUCUUGCGGGUGAGUCUUAUGCGGGUAAAUACAUCCCCUACCUUGGUGCGGAAAUCGUGACCCAGAAUGGGCGAUAUCCUUCAGAGCCCCAGAUCAAUCUUGAGUCGUGCCUGGUGGGCAAUGGCUACAUGUCACCCAUGGACACCUUCUAUGGGUACUGGGAAACGCUUUGCACUACCAAGCCCGGUGUUCCGACACCUGUGUUCAACGAGACUCGGUGCGAUAUCAUGGCUGCCAACAUGCCCCGAUGCAUGGACGUUGCUAAGACCUGCAUUCAAAAUCCCGAUCCUGCCAUUUGCAAGGCUGCUGGCUCUGUUUGCUACGAAGGUAUCAUUGGGUGGUAUGAGAAUGAAAGUGGCGAAGGAGGCCGCAACCGCUUCGACAUCACGGCCCCGUGUGAGAUCGAUGAGCUUUGCUACAAGAAAGCGGGUUACAUCCAAGAAUAUCUCAAUUCUCCUGCGGUCUGGAACGCCCUCUCGCCCCCGGACGAGGUCAAGGAGUAUAAAUUGGAAUCCAGCGCUGUGGUUCAAGCAUUUGGUACUACACCAGAAGGCAUGACGUCUUCUUCCGAUGCAGUUGUCUUCCUGCUUUCGCAUGGAGUACAUUUCCUGGCAUACCAGGGAAAUCUCGAUUUAGCCUGCAACACGGCAGGAACCCUGCGAUGGGCCGAUUCACUUUCCUGGAAGGGACAGGUCGAGUUUGCAUCGACGCCGCUGCGACCUUGGACUUCAACUGUAGCUGGUCACAAUGACACAGUUGGCAUGACCAAGGAAGUUCGGGUGAAAAUAGACACACAGGCAGAGACGGCUUCGCGGUUCGCAUUUGUCACAGUGGACGGGGCGGGUCAUUUGCUCCCCCAAGAUCGUCCGGAUGUCGCGUUUGACAUACUGACACGGUGGAUCACGGGUGCUCCCUUUUGCUAG